AAGUCGUGCAAGGCAUUUACCAAAGCCAGGAAAACUCAGGGCAAAUGCAUCCAGCUCCAGCACUUUUUUCUCCUGCCUUAAAGACCAGAAUGGACUGCUCAAUGGAUUUGCAGUGGCGGCCCCUUUAAGGGGGAGGGGCCUAGUGUGUGGCAACGUGGUUGCCCGGAGACGGACCUAGUUCCGGGACCGCGCCACUUCUGGGUCUACCGCACCCUGGGCGUCUGAGCAGUGAGCACCCGAGGGACCCCUGCGUACCGUGAUAGUAUAAAACUCAUCAGGCUUUAAAACAGCUAUCAACUGAAGGACCCAUUGGAUAUUUAUAUAUAAACUCUAGGACUUCCAAAGGCAAUGGUGAAAGAAAAGAAAAAAGCAGACAAAAAAGGAGAUAAGUCAGCCCAUUCUCCCUCUUCUGGCUCAGAGUUUCCAGAGUUUUCCAAGCAAGAUGGCAGUGCUCUUAGGCAAGAACCGCCCCCAAGUGGCAUACAGGCACUGGAAUUGCCACAUAAGGAACCAUUACCCAAAAGAGAGUCUAAAGCUCUUCAACAGAGUGAAGAUGCCACUCAGUAUGAAGAACCCAUUCUGACCAAACUCAUAGUGGAAAGCUAUGAAGGAGAGAAAGUCCGAGGACUGUACGAAGGAGAAGGCUCUGCAGUCUUUCAAGGUGGUUGUACCUACCAUGGUAUGUUUUCAGAAGGAUUCAUGCAUGGACAAGGGACUUACAUUUGGGCUGACGGAUUGAAGUAUGAGGGGGAUUUUGUGAAGAACAUUCCUAUGAACCAUGGCGUGUACACUUGGCCAGAUGGCAGCAUGUAUGAAGGGGAAGUGGUGAAUGGCAUGAGGAACGGAUUUGGGAUGUUCAAGUGCAGCACACAGCCUGUGUCCUACGUCGGCCACUGGUGCCAAGGCAAGAGACACGGGAAGGGCUCCAUUUAUUACAAUCAGGAGGGUACCUCUUGGUACGAGGGAGAUUGGGUCUACAACAUCAAAAAGGGCUGGGGAAUAAGAUGUUACAAAUCUGGAAACAUAUAUGAAGGCCAGUGGGAAGACAAUAUGCGCCACGGGGAAGGCAAGAUGAGAUGGCUGACAACAAAUGAGGAGUAUACCGGCUCCUGGGAGAGGGGAGUCCAGAAUGGCUUUGGAACACACACAUGGUUUCUCAAGAGAAUCCCCAACUCCCAGUAUCCUUUAAGAAAUGAAUACAUAGGAGAGUUUGUGAACGGAUGUCGUCAUGGACAUGGAAAGUUUUACUACGCCAGUGGAGCCAUGUAUGCGGGAGAAUGGGUUUCCAAUAAAAAACACGGCAUGGGUCGAUUGACUUUCAAGAAUGGGCGUGUGUAUGAAGGCCCGUUUUUCAAUGACCACAUAGCACAGUUUCCAGAUCUUGAAGUUGAAUUUAUAAGUUACCUGGACCUGCCCAUAGAUGAUGCCCAAAUAGACAGGCAACGCAAAUCUUCUGAUAGUGCUGAAAUUAUCAGAAAGCUUGAUGGCAGUAAAAGUCGUUCUGUGUUAGGAUCAGGCAUUGAACUGGACCUAAAUUUGCUGCUGAACAUGUAUCCUAAGGAAAACCAAGCAGAAGAAAAAAAGCAGGUAGAAUUCGCUGUCUUAAGAAACAUUACAGAAUUAAGAAGAAUCUAUAGCUUCUACAGUAGCCUAGGAUGUGAUCACUCUCUGGAUAAUACAUUUCUGAUGACAAAGCUUCACUUCUGGAGAUUUCUAAAAGAUUGCAAAUUUCAUCACCACAAUAUAACUCUUGCUGAUAUGGACAGGAUAUUAAGUGCCAACAGUGAUAUACCAGUUGAAGAAAUUCAUUCUCCAUUUAGAACAAUACUUUUGAGAACAUUCUUGAACUAUCUGCUGCGCUUGGCUUACCACAUUUAUCACAAAGACUUUCAAAGCAGAAGUCCGUCGCUCUUUUUGUGUUUCACAAAACUGAUGACUGAGAAUAUCCAUCCAAAUGCCUGCCAAGUAAAAGGCACUUUGUUCAGUGAGCAACAGAGGACACUCUACUCAAUGAAUUACAUUGAUAAGUGCUGGGAGAUUUACAUAGCUUAUUGCAGACCAAAUGCAGCUCCACCCAAUGAGCUUACAAUGAAGAUGAGACACUUCCUCUGGAUGUUGAGAGACUUUAGGAUGAUAAAUAAAGAAUUAACUGCAACCAGAUUUGUGGCAGUAAUAGCAGAGGACAAUCCUUUCAUACAUGAUGGGGUCGACAGCAACUUAGAACUUGAGCUGGUUUUCCUGGAAUUCUUUGAAGCUCUCUUAUGCUUUGCAGUCAGCUAUGUUCCUGACCAAAUGAAUAAAUCCUGUUUACAUGCUCAAUAUGAUGAUCUGUUUGGAAACAAAAUUGGAAGUAUUCAAAUGGUAAUGAGUCAGAGCAUCCACAACAGGAGUCCAAGUGUAGUCACGAGCCACGAGUCUGAUGUCGUUACCUUUAGCAACACCAAGUCAUCUUCAAGCAAGUUAGGAUUCUUCCCUGAUAUGAGAAUAAGGAAAUCAGAGCCCAAGAUCAAGAAGUCUCUAAGUGAUGACAAAUGUUCCAAAAUGAAUUUUAAACCUUCAGGAAAAGGGCUGGCCUUCUUAUCCCAGAAUGGGCCUGGAAUACAUAUAGAAGCAGUGAUAGAUGUCAAAGAAGAUAAUGGAUUGCCACACAUUGAUGAAGAAGAUGAUGCUCUUAGUAAAGGACCAGAGAAAAAUGAAAAACCCAAGAAUGACCAGAAGGAGAAGCUCAACACGUGGGUCAAUAACAUGUACGUCUUCUUUGUGAAUACGCUCUUCCAGGCGUACAAGCACGAGGAGCUGCUCAAGGAAAAAGUAAAGGAAAACCGGUUGCGGGAUGCAGCCAUGGCUCAACAGAAGAAGAUGGAGAGUGAAGAGCUAGAAGCAAGGCUGAAUAUCUUAAGGAAGGAAGAGGCCAAGAAACAAGAUACUGAGAUGGACAUCCCUGUGAUCAAGGAGCCAGGGGACGCCCUGUCCUCAGUCCUCACACAAAGCCCUCCCAAAGAGGAUACAGCUAUGUCCCAGGCCAGCAAGUCCACCCCGAGUAAGAAGAAGAGAAAGUAAAGGCACGUACUGUUGAGGGUAGACUGCAAGGACACAGAGCAGCUCAGGACAGCAGGAACUGUGAUAAAUGUCCUGCACAAUAAAGUUGUUUGCAGUUUA